CACACACACACACGGUUAGCGUCCAAAUGUACUAGUGGUUCCGCUUGGCUUCUCAAAUCUGCAGACGAUCACUAGUUGCCGAGGAAGACGAGAGGUGGAGAAAUGUAUCCGGCCUCAGCUUCCUCCAUUUUCAUUUCACCUCCAUCAGUCAACUUGCAAAGAAGACCUGCAUUGCCUUCCAUCAAAUCUUUCCCGUCCAAAAAUUCUUCGAAAUCAUUUCCUUUCCAUCACUCUCCUCCGAAAACCCUAAGAUGCUUCUCUCGGAAACAAGCCACGGAAGAAUUCGAAAGGCUCUUCUCGAAUUUGAACCAAGCAACGAUGAAAAGAGAGCCAGGCAGCAUAACCAGCGCCAUCUUUCUGGUGGCUGGAACCACGGUAGGCGCGGGUAUACUAGCAAUCCCUGCGGUUACACAAGAAGCUGGCUUUCUGGCCUCCGCAAUAACAUGCAUCCUUUGUUGGAUUUAUAUGGUGGUGACAGGAUUAUUGAUUGCUGAGGUAAAUCUGAACACAAUGUGCGAGCUUGGCUCUGGAGGUGUAUCACUGAUGAACUUUAUCUCAGUUGCAAUCUGGACUCUUUCAUGUGAAGUUAAUAUGAGAAAUUAUGAAUGGAGGAAGAAUGGGGAGUAUGUUUUUUAUUCCUUAAUUGUUUUGCAUUCCCGUGCCACCAUCACUUCUAUUUUCUUCCUUGGAUUUAGAAGGGCGAUUUCAUACUUGUUGAAUUCUUUUGGGACGCGAGGUCCUAUAUAAUUUGUGAACGCAUACAAUUCGGGAGCGAUAACAGAGUAAAAUGAAGGGGGGGAUUUUAGAGUAUUUUGGCAGUGCAAGAUUGAGAGAGAGGGUGAGAGAGA